GCAUUCCCCCAGCUUCGACCGGCACGAUCCCGUCUAUGAUGGCAUCAUUCCUUGGGCACAGGCUCGACGCCCACAUAAAGAACACAGCUAUGCCGAGGUGCAAAUUGCAAGAGAUGUUUGGAACCAUUAUUGCUCAUCAUGCGGUCGCCUUCGGUCAUCACUGCUGCCACAGCGGUCUUCUCGCUGAGUAGCGCUACCUACGCCGAUUCGCAAUCGCCUUCUGCGACCCUCGAUGCGGGUGUCAUUGUAGGGACGACGACGUCCCUCGCACCAGCUUCGACAACCGUCAACAAGUUCUUGGGCGUACCUUUUGCGGCGCCGCCAAAACGCUUCUCCCCUCCCACGCAACCUCAGCCAUGGUCUCAGCCGCUGAACACGAGCCAAUGGCCAGGCGCGUGCAUCCAGCAAUUCCCAUAUCCAGAACUAUCCCGCAACUUCACGAUGUUCCUCUUCAACAACCCUGCCCCAGAAGAAAGUGAGGACUGUCUGUAUCUGAACGUAUACGCUCCAGCUUGUCCAGCCCCCGGAAAUGGCAGAGCUGUAAUGUUCUGGAUAUACGGCGGAGGUCUACAGUUCGGUUACGCUUCUGUUCCUUACUAUGACGGAUCUUACUUCGCAGCAUAUGAGGACGUGAUUGUCGUAGCGCCGAAUUAUCGUACGAACGUCUUCGGCUUCCCGAGUUCCCCAGAGCUGCCUCUACAGGAGCGCAAUCUGGGCUUCCUCGACCAACGCUUAGCACUAGACUGGGUCCAACGCAACAUCCACGCCUUCGGCGGCGACCCUUCCAAAGUCACGAUCUUCGGCGAAUCCGCAGGCGCCUUCUCCAUCGACGCACUGCUCACCAGCUUCCCCAAAAACUCCACCCCGCCGUUCCGCGGCGCAAUCCUAGAAAGCGGUCAAAUCAGCUAUCGUGGUACUCCGUAUGCUUCUAGCAUCCCAGCAUGGGACGCGCUAGCCGCCGCACUGAACUGUACCGACGGGCAAAGCAAUCUGACAUGCGUCGAAGCAGCAUCCGCGACCACCAUCAAAAGCAUCAUCGAACACCAGGCGCUUGACUUCAAUCCAACAUACGAUAACAGGACGCUGGUCACCAACCCAGCGGGGGCUCGCACCUCCGGCAACAUUGCGAGGGUUCCCGUUCUCAGCGGGACGAACGCACAAGAAGGGCGCGUUUUCACUGUGGGCCAGACUAACGUCACUGCGUUUUUAGAGACUACUCUCGGCCCCAGUGCCGGUCCGGAGUUUAUUGCUACUAUCGAAGCCGCGUAUCCCGUGGGUGGAUGGGAGUUUCCCACAGCUUACGAUGCUAUUGCUCAGAUAAUGACAGACCUCGUCUUUCAAUGCGGAGACGCUCUGUUCGCUAAUGCUACUGCAGCCGUUGGUAUACCAUCCUGGAGAUACUACUUCAACGCCUCCUUCCCCAACACGCAGCAAUUCGCCGGCGGCGGCGUCUACCACGCUUCUGAAAUCCCCUUCGUCUUCAACACAUAUCCUCGCGUCAACUCAACAGCACAGGAGUACGCGUUGAGCAACUACAUGCGCUCGACCUGGGCGCGGUUUGCGAAGGAUCUGGAAGCUGGUCCAGGAUGGAAUGCAGUGGAGACGGGAGCGCAGUUCUUGGGCGGCGCGGCCGACUUGGAUUUGGGUGUUUUGGGCACUGAUGGGCAGAGUGGAGUCAAGGUUGUGAGGGAGAGCGCUGUGGAUGGGAGGUGUGCGGUUUGGAGGGGUCUGCUUACGAGGGGAGUCUGAGAUUGUGGUGCAUAGGGGAAUCCCCCUUUUCGUUCUUCGAGACUCGUCCUACAGAAAUUUAGCUAACCUAGCCCGGUGCGCC